UCUUAUUUUCGGAGUCAUGAAAUAUGGUGUUUUGUUUACGGUUUCUUGUAUUCUCACAUUCCUCGUUCUCAGCCAUGUUAGAGAGGUGGAAUCCAAAAAAAAGUGGGGAUGCGACAUGAAUAGGAAAUUUCCUGGACAGUGUGGAACUAAUGGGAAGAGUACAUGCGAAAGCGACCUAAAGAAAAUGCCUGGUGCACCAAAAGAUCUAGUCGUACGUUGCGAAUGCUCGGCCGCUUUUGUUUGGAAGGGUAACCCUCCCGAGCGUUUAUGUAAAUGUCAAUAUGAUUGUUAA